UCCAUUGUUUGUGGCUUUACUCUUCUCGGUAAUAUUGUGUAAUUCAUUGUGUUUCUGGCCCCAUUGUAACCAACCUUUUAUAGGGUCUAUAGGAAGGAAUCAACAGAAGGGUUCCAAUCAAUACCUUUUAUGGUAGAACUUUUUAGUGUCAUGUUAUGGAUGGAUUAUGCCUUCCUCUAUGGGUUUACCUUCACAGUGAAGUUGAUCCUAUUGUUCAACAUAGGAGUGUUCGCGCCGGAAUUCUCUGUCAGUGUAUUGACUGCUCCUCUUAGUAUCAUGAGACUAGUCAUUAGAACAAAGAGCAUCCAAUUUACGCCAGUCUCUUUGUCCUUCUUCCUCACUCUCUGUGCUGUCAUGUGA